AUGUCUCGAUUUUUUGCUGCUACCGUGUACGAGUCGGAUUCGUCGUCGGAGGAGUCCGAUUUGUUGUCGUCGUCGUCGGAGGAUGACUUGAUGCUUUCGUCGUCGUCGUCGUCGUCUGCAGGUGAGAGCGAGGGAGAGGAAGACGAAGAUCAUGAUACGUUCUUUGAGUCCGAUUCGGAACAGGUUUCGGAUCAGGAUGACGACGAGGACGCGAAACCUUACGGUCCCGAUUGGUUCAAGAAGGCCGCGUUCCGGACAGGUGCAGGGAAGAGUGCUGGGGCGAACAGGUUCUUGAAGGGGAGCCGCGACUCAGAUGAUGAUUCGGACGGUGGUGACGGGUCUGGGAUGGACGAUGACGACGAGGACGGUGGGAAGAAAGUCGUCAAGUCUGCAAAGGAUAAGUUGUUGGACGAAUUGUACUCUGUUGGGGACGCUGUGGAUGCAGCCGUUAAUGCUGGUGACUGGGCCGCGGUCUCGAACGAGUUUGAUACGGCAAACAGAUUGCUGAUCAGAACGCAGCAGCAGAACAUGCGCAUCCCUAACGUGUUUGUGUGUAUCUUAGCACAAUUGGAGGACGCUCUUACUGCAACGCCGCAGGAUAAUGCUAUGCCCAAACCAGUCGCAAGAGCACACAAUAUCGUCAAACAGCGUGUUAAGAAGACCGCCAAGGAGUACGAAGAGUUCCUGAAAUUGUACAGGGAAUCACCAGAGAAGUUCACUAGGGACCUAGAGACCACAGAACAGGACCUCGCUUUGCACGAUUCCUCGUCUCCAACCCCAGGUGGUACAAAGGCCAUCAACUUGGCGAACUUGGCCACGGCCACCUCGGAGAGAUCGUUCUUCGCAACGCUCAAGAUCGUCAUGGACUCGCGCGGGAAGAAGAACGCCGCUGCACAGGAUUUGAUCGACAUCAUCCGUGAACUGCUCUCGCUGACGGAUAAACCGUACGAGAUCAUCAUGGCGUACUUGUCGCUCAUCCCGAUCCGGUUCGAAGCCGCUGGGAAUUUGUCGUACCAGCCGCUUGACCAGUGGGCAAACACGUACGAGGACAUCACCAAGUUCUUCGACGUGCUAGAGAAGCACAUCGACCAGUACCAGGUCUCAGAGACCGCUGUGAAGAACGAGAACGUCGAACAGGAACCAGAGAUGGACGCCAGUGGCGUCAAGCGCAUUCUUGGGUCUCUUUUCUCCUUCGUCGAGAGACUUGACGACGAGUGGAACAAAUCCUUGUUGAACAUCGACCCUCACUCCAGUGACUACCUGUUGCGUUUGAAGGACGAACAAAAGAUUUACAACCUUGUCAUUAGAACCCAAGUGUACCUGGCAAAGACUGGAGCUCCAGCUCAAUCUUUGAACAGGGCUCUUUUGAGAAGACUUGACCACAUUUACUACAAACCUACCAGGUUCAUCAAGAUCGUCGAACAGCACGCCUGGGAAGCGAUCGAGCAAAAGGGUGACACUUCCGCGCAGAAGUCCCACUACGACGACGCGUACGUGUUUCAACUGGUGAAGCAAUUGGUCCACGACGUGACGAAGGACCAACAUGAUGACGCAAUCAGGACGCGUGCGUUGUUGUACCAGAUCUAUUUCGUUGCUCUGAACGAGGAGUUUCAGCGCGCGAAAGACAUGCUUAUCGAGUCGCACGUACAGGCGCGCAUCAACGACUUUGACCCAACUCUACAGAUCCUGUUCAACCGUGUUGUCGUGCAACUUGGGUUGUCCGCGUUCCAAUCGUGUUUGAUCGAGGAGGCACACCAAGUGUUGAACGAGCUUCUUGCCGCGUCACAUUUGCGUGAGAUGCUCGGACAGCAGUCCUUGCAACGGAUGCAUUCGUCCGCGGCGCACGGGCCCAUUGACGCGACUCAGGUCGUCGUCGCCCCCGAAAAGCAAUGUCUGCCCUUCCACCAGCACAUCAACUUGGAUCUCAUCGACGUCGUGUUCAUGACUUGUUCCUUGCUGAUCGAGAUCCCUCAGAUGACCGCUUUCUUUUCCGGAAUCAAAGUGAAACGCCAGCCGUUCAGCCAGAAAUCGAUCCGUCGUUCGCUCGAACACCACGAUAAGUCCUCGUACCAGAGCGCACCAGAAUCCUCCCGUGACUACGUCAUCUUCGCCGCAAAGGCCAUGCAACAGGGUGACUGGGUCCGCUGUGUUUCGUACUUGAAGGCGAUUAAGACCUGGAACCUGCUGCCCAACGUCGACGAGGUCAUGAACAUCCUCACGAAGCGUGUCAAGACGGAGUCCCUAAAGACGUACUUCUUCACGUACAAGCGGUUCUACUCGCGCAUCUCUGUGGACAAACUCGCAGACUUGUUCGAGCUCGCACCGGAGGACGUCGUCGCAACGCUGGAGCACACCAUCAAGGAGCUCGAGAUCGCAGCGGUCGCCGUUGACUCGGACAAGAGAAUGGUCGUCGUGGACCGUGGUGACGAAAUCACGAAGCUGGAAGAGGUCGCAUUGAGACUCAACAAGGAGUACAAAAUCAACAGAGAAAAGUACUACCAUCGUUAG